AUGGACACCGAGACCACAGCCAAGCUGGUCAUCAAAGUCACCUGUCUGUAUGAGAACCGUGCCAAGUACCGCUCCCACCUUACCGAGUGGCUCCAGAAGACUCCUAGAGUCGGAACAUGGCGUUCGCGGAGGCUGAGCCCCGAAGAGGUCGAUGGGUCCAGGACAGUAAAGUUCUAUGGGACAGGCAUACCUCUCGACCGGGUUGCGCGUGUUCUGUCAAAGUUCACCCGCGGCAAUAUCCGCAGGGUUGAAGUCAACCUGCCCGAGUUCGCCUCGUACCACAGGUCACAUGCAGACGCUCUCCUUCUCACUUUGAGCGCCGUCCCGAAGAUCAACUCCAUCACCAUCGGAUGGGCCCUCGGAUAUCCGGUCAAGGGCAUCGUGGCGUUUCUCGAAGACUCGAAUGUAACCAGGUUCGAAUUUGGGUCCAACAUGAACACCAACCAAGGCAAGAGUAUCGUCAAGGCCAUCGAGAAGUACAACUACUCGCUCGAGGAGCUGCAGAUCAACCUGAGUCACAAGGUCGAAUAUCCCAAGUAUGGUACGAAGCGCUGGGACAUGGUCACUCGUCGCCGCUUGGCAUGGGAGCGCCUGGACCGGAGGAUAUACCACGUCAUGAUGCGCAAUAUCGGCAUCAACAACCAGAAGCGACGGGUCAUUGUCCUUGACGGCCAGUGCGCCGUUCCCGCCAAGCCUGCACCCCUCGUCAAGCUUCCGGCCGAGUUACGUCUGAUGUAG